UAUCAAGAUUGAUGAUUAUAAUGUAGAAAAUUCUUGGAGGAGCUAUGCCAUCUAGUGACAAGCAAUUAGCAUUCUCAGUGAUAGCAUCAUCACCUGAGCUGCUAAACAAAGGUAAAAACGUCAUAAAUAUGUCUCAAGGCAGUUCUCUGCUGCCAAAGGAUAAAAGUCACGCUGAAGAUUCAGUAAAGGUUGUGGGCACAAAACGGCUGCAUACUGAUGCUCCUUCAAGCCCUGUUUAUCAUAAUGUUUAUGUAAGGCGAAAAGUGGAGUCUGAACAUAGUAAAGUUAGCUCCUCUCAGGAGUUGAAGGGUAAUGGAAGAGACAAAACAAAAAAGCAGGAGGACCAGAAAAAUAUGGAAAGUGAACAUAGUAAAUGUAACUCUUCUCAAGAGUUGAAGGGUGAAGGAAUAGAGAAAACAAAAGAGCAGAAGGAACAGCAAAAUAUGGAAACUGAACAUAGUAAAAUGGACUCUUCUCAAGAGCUGAAGGAUAAUGGAAGUGAGAGAACGCGAGAGCAUGAAGAACGGCGGGUGCAACAGGAUCAGGCCAGUAAGCCAGAAAUGCUGCCCCUUACUGCUGAAUCUGGAAUAGAAGAGCUGGAGGUACAGCAAACGGUGCAAAAUGACCAGGUCAAUAAUCCGGAAGUGGCACCUUUAAUUGCUGAAUCUGGAAUAAAAGAGGAGGGACGACAAAAGGUUCAACAUGAUCAUGUCAAUCAGCCAGAAGUGGCACCAGAAGUGCCACCUUUAAUAUCUGAAUCUGGAAUAAAAGAGAAGGAUGGGUGGCAAAAGGUGCAACAUGAUCAGGCCAAUCAGCCAGAAGUAGCACCUCCUAGUUUUGAAUCUGAAAUAGAAGAGGAGGAACAGCAAACGGUGCAACAUGAUCAGGUCAAUAAGCCAGAAGUGGCACCUACUAUUGCUGAAUCUGGAAUAAAAAAGGAGGUAAAGGUGCUUCAUGAUCAGGUCAAAAUGCCACAAGCGACACCUUCUGUUGCUGAUUCUGGAGGUUUAUUGUUAUCUGAAAUGGCAUCUCCCGUUGCCGAAUCUGUAGGGCUAGUGCCAUCUGAAUCUCCUGAAAAAGCAAAUGUGGAAUCCAUACCAAAGAAAAAUGAAACUAAUGUUGCUUCAGCUAAUGAGCCACCGGCUACUCCUGGUAGUGCUGUUCAAGGUGAUAUCCAUAGCUCGAACAACCAAAAUCUGUACUGGAGCGAGAGAUAUAAUCGAUUGCAGACAUACUUGGAGAACUGCGAUCGGUCAUCCCAGGAGGGUUACAUGCGAAUGCUUAGGCCGCUCUCAGCGACUGGUCGAAGCAUGCAUGCAAUUGAGCUGGAGAAAAGGGCAAUACACCUCCUAGUUGAGGAAGGUAAGGAGCUGCACCGGAUGAAGGCUUUGAAUGUUCUGGGGAAAUCUCCUCCAAACGCUUCGGCAAAACAGCGGUAGUGCCGGGAAUGAGACGCUCGCAGAAAAAUCUGUAGAGCUAAACAAGGAUUUUCUCAUGUAUACAUUGCAGAAAGGACAUGUUCUGCUGCUGUAAUAACUCUUUUUUCUGUUAAAGGCCCCUCCAUUGCCAUGCAAUUCCUUUUUCCCUCUCCUUUUGCUCCUGUGUACUCACUGUCCUUGA